AUGAAGAGUGUAAAUGUUCUUUUGGGCCUUCUAUGCAUUUGUGUGCUCUUUGGUGUAUCAGUGUCCAAACCACUACUUAUUAACUUUGGGGAUGCAAACUCCGACACAGGAGGUGUGCUAGCCGGUGCAGGACUCCCCAUUGGCCUCCCACAUGGCAUUACAUUUUUUCACAAAGGCACGGGCCGUUUUGGAGAUGGUCGACUCAUCCUUGACUUUAUUUGUGAACAUCUACAUUUGGGUUAUCUGAGCCCAUAUCUAGAAUCACUGGCACCAAAUUUUACAAGUGGCGUAAAUUUUGCAGUAGCUGGAGGCAUGAUACUGCCAAAAUUUGUUCCUUUUCAUCUUAGUGUUCAAGUUCGCCAAUUCAUCCAUUUCAAGAAUCGUUCACUAGAACUUCUGUCACAUGCUCCUGGGAACUAUAUCAAUGAAGAUGGAUUUCGUAACGCACUAUACAUGAUAGAUAUGGGACAAAAUGAUAUCCUUGAAGCACUAUAUGCGUCAAACCUUACUUAUGCACCGGUUGCAGCUCAAAUUCCAUCUUUUGUGGCGGAAACUAAACUAGCUAUUCAAAACUUGUACCAGUAUGGGGCGAGAAAGUUUUGGGUAUUCAGCACAGGGCCACAGGGUUGUGCUCCUAAAGAACUUGCAUUACAUAAACACACAGAUGCUGACCUGGACAAAAUCGGAUGCUAUCGUGUCCACAACGAUGUAUCCAAACUUUUUAAUAAAGGGUUACGUAGCAUGUGCAACGAGCUGAAGUCAGAAUUGAAGGAUGCAGUUAUUAUGUAUGUGGAUAUCUACACUAUAAAAUACGAUCUUUUUGCUAAUCCCUCAAAAUAUGGAUUUGUAAAACCACACAAGGCAUGUUGUGGGUAUGGAGGAGAUCCAAACAAUUACAAUGUGACAGCCACAUGCGGGCAACCCGGAUACAACAUGUGCAGUAACGUAUCAUCGGCCAUAGUAUGGGACGGUGUUCACUACACAGAGGCUGCAAAUAAAAUAGUUGCUGCUAAAAUCCUUUCCAUGCCAUCACUAAAACUAGGCCGCUUUUGGUCCACCUGA